AUGCCCUGUGUUGGGCUCUGCAGCUGUUGGGGUGGCCAGGUACUGCCCUUGCUUGUGGCCUAUGUCUGCUACCUGCUGCUUGGGGCCACCAUCUUUCGGCCGCUGGAGAAAGAGGCAGCAGCUCAAUCCAGGGACUGGUUCCAGCUGGAAAAGCUGCUUCUAGAGAAGUACAGCUGCCUGGACCAGCAGGCCAGCAGAAGUUUCACCCAGGUCGUCCGGGAAGCCUGGGUGAAAGGCAUGAACCCCAAAGGCGACUCCGCCAACCCCUGCAACACGGACUUCGGAAGCAGUUUCUUCUUUGCAGACACGGUGGUCACCACCAUAGGCUAUGGAGAACUGGCGCCCCACACAGAGAUGGGGCAGGCCUUUUGUGUCUUCUGUGCCCUGCUAGGCAUCUCACUUAGCGUGGUCUUCCUCAACCUGACCACAUUGGACAGGUGGGAGGACCAGCUCAGGCAUUCCCAGCUCCUGCAGAUCCUGGGCCUUGCUCUGUUCCUGACCCUGGGGACCCUGGUCAUCCUCAUCUUCCCACGCAUGUUAUUCAGCCAUGUGGAGGGCUGGAGCUUUCGCGAAGACUUCUACUUUGCCUUCAUCACCCUCAGCACCAUUGACUUCGGGGACUACGUUGUCGGCACAGACCCCAGCAAGCAUUACAUCACCAUGUACCGGAGUCUGGCAGCUGUAUGGAUCCUCCUAGGGCUGGCAUGGCUGCGUGUCCUCAGCCUGGGGUUCCUGCUUCUGCACAGAUGCCCCCGUCUCUGGCUGCUCAUCAGAGGCCUGGACCUCAAGGAUGAAGGAGACCCUGACCCUGACCCCAGACCUCAGGAAAUCCCCAAGUGUUCCAGCCACCCAUCCUGCCUCACCACCACCAAGCCCACGUCAUCCCCUGCCCUUCCUCUCCAACCCACACACUUCCCACAAAGGGUGGUCAGUAAUUCUCCAAAGAGAAUGGAGACAGAGCGCUCCUGGGCUCUGGCCUCUCCACCAUGUGCGGACCGCGAUCUCCUAAGGCACCCUGUUGGGCCCGGGGCUGUCGGGGUACCAGGCACAGGGCUCCUCUUGCUCACCUACCUGGCUUACUUGGUGCUGGGCACCGGUGUAUUCUGGGCACUGGAAGGUCCUGCGGCCCGGAACUCCAGCCGCAUCUUCCAGCGCGACAAGUGGAUGCUACUACAGAACUUCACGUGUCUGGACGGCCCAUCGCUGGACCUGCUGAUACAGGGCAUCAUCCAAGCAUACAAAGAUGGGACCUACCUCCUGGACAAUACUGCCAGCAUGGGGCGCUGGGAGUUUGUGGGCUCUUUCUUCUUUUCCGUGUCCACCAUCACCACCAUCGGCUACGGCAACCUGAGCCCAGAGACCAUGGCUGCCCGUCUCUUCUGCAUAUUCUUUGCUCUCGUGGGGAUUCCGCUCAACCUGGUGGUGCUCAACCGGCUGGGCCAUCUUAUGCAGCGAGGGGUGCACCGAUGUGUCCAACGGCUUGGGGGCAGCUGGCAGGACCCCGCGCAGGCGCGGUGGCUGGCGGGCUCGGUGGCGCUGCUCUGGGGCCUUCUGCUCUUUCUGUUACUGCCUCCACUUCUCUUCUCCCACAUGGAAGGCUGGAGCUACGUGGAGAGCUUCUACUUCGCCUUCAUCACACUCAGCACGGUGGGCUUCGGCGACUACGUGAUCGGGAUGGACCCCUCUCGAAACUACCCAAUAUGGUACAAGAACAUUGUCUCCCUAUGGAUCCUCUUCGGGAUGGCCUGGCUGGCCCUGAUCAUCAAAAUCAUCCUGUCCCAGCUGGAGACGCCAGGGGACAUGUGCACCUGCUCCCUACGCUGCUCCAAGGGCAACAUCAAGUGCCGAAGCCGGAGGCGGGGCCAGGAAGGGGAUCACGGGGUCCAGUCACCAGGCAUCACAUCUGGAACCUUCCACUCAGGUUAUGCGACAUGAUGAGGACAGCUAGCUGUCUUCCAGGAUUGCUGGAUCUCUGAUUUUAAGCAUGGUUUUCUGUGCCUCCCAACUAGGUACAGGUAGAAGAUUCAAGUUCAUCCAAUAGGCUGUGCAACAACUUAUGGGAUAUGACUUUGGGAACGGAGUGUGCUCCUCUUUGCCUAUUUCUUUCUUCUAGCCUUCUGUAAUGCUGACAUGGUGGCAAGAGGCCCGGCAGCCACAUUGCACCAUGAAGUAGAGGCCAGGAUUGAGACUUGAAGCACAGUAGCAGAAGUAGCCUGGAGUCCUGGUCAUCACAGAGUCACAACAAACCAGGACUGAACACUGCCUUGAUUCAUGUGAGAGCAUUAGACAUCAUAUUUGGAACUAUUGCUUGGGUGUUUCUAGCACAGAGAAAUUUAACUCUAAACGAUGCACACAUAUCCAUAAACAGACACAAUGGAGGCUAGAACCCACAGAGAGAAACAAUGCCAGCCCCAGGUGAGCUUGCCCAGGAUGAGUGGAGGCAUGCACAGAGGGCAGAGAAGAUGCCGGACCUGCCAUCCUUGGACCAUCUAGAGGAGUCACGGGGUUUGCUAGUGAGUCCCAGGACUGAUGCUGCCAGCAGGUGUAUGAACCCAGACAGCUACUGGAUGCUUCCUUGCCCUCUCAAAGUGAGCUGAGCAACAGCAUCCUCCCCGGCCCCUGCUUCCUGACUGCAUACAC